AUGCCUGGUCUUGAUUUUACUAUUCUUGCUGAUAUUCAACAAAUGUUAUAUAAUAUUAAUCCAUAUGCUAAUAUGUUUCGUCAAGUUGGAUAUUUUUUAAAUUGUCAACAUAGAGUAUUAUUCAAAGAUGAUGAGUCUUUGAAAGAUAUAGUUCAAUGUUUAGCUGUAGAAAAGACAACUCUUACAGCAUGGUUUCAGGCAAAUACAAUAUAUCCAGAAGCAAAAAAUCUUACUUAUACCAAUUUUCCAUCUCAAUAG